AUGCCAUUUUUUGUGCUUGAAACUGAAGCCCUUAGUGAAAUUCCUGAAAUUGUUAGAACAGGUGUAUGGGUUGGUGAUUGUUUUAUGUAUACAAAUUCUCUUAAUCGUAUAAAUUAUUAUGUUGGUGGCGAAAUUGUAACAAUAUCACAUUUAGAUAGAGUAAUGUAUUUAUUAGGUUAUGUUUCGAAUGAAAAUCGUCUAUAUUUGGGUGAUAAAGAAAUGUCUAUUGUUUCAUUUGAAUUAUCCUUAGCUGUACUUGAAUAUCAAACAGCUGUUAUGCGUAAAGAUUUUGAAACAGCAGAUCAAGUUCUUCCAACAAUAGCAAAAGAGCAACGAACACGUGUUGCACAUUUUCUUGAAAAACAAGGUUAUCGUCAACAAGCAUUGGCUGUUACAUUGGAUAAUGAACAUAAAUUUGAUUUAGCACUUCAAUUAGGAAAUUUAUCAGUUUGUUAUGAACUUGCACUUGAAAUGGAAAAUGAACAAAAAUGGUUACAAUUAUCUGAACUUGCAACAAAAUGUGGAGAUUUUAAUUUAGUACAAGAAUGUUUAACACGUGCACAAGCAUUUGGUUCACUUAUAUUAUUAGCAAGUGCAUCAAGUAAUAAAGAAUUAAUGUCAACAAUUGGUGAACAUUCAAGAAAAAAUGGACAAUUUAAUAUAGCUUUUCUAUCAAAUUUUGUUUUGGGAAAAUUAGAUCAAUGUUUAGAUAUACUUAUUGAAAAUCAACGUUUACCUGAAGCAGCUUUUUUUGUUCGAACAUAUUUACCAUCACAAAUAGGUCGUAUUGUAGGUUUAUGGAGAGAAAAAUUAAAACAAAUGAAUAUGGAACGUUCGGCACAAGCAUUAGCAAAUCCAACUGAUUAUGAAAAUCUUUUUCCAGGUCUUAUUGAUACAUAUAAAACAGAACAAUAUUUAAAACAAGAAAUUAAAACAAAUUUAGCUCGUGAUUAUCCAUCAAUUACACCAAGUUGGGAUCGAAAUCCUAUUGCUGAAAUGAAAGAAGCAGAAGAAAAUGAGCAGUUUUCCUAUCAUCCAGUGCAAUCAAACAAAGGUAUAACAGAUGAAGAUGAAGAUGAGAAUUUUUCUGAUGCAAAUGAAUCACCAAAACAAGUAGCAUCAUCGCAAAUCAAACAAGCAUCUGUUGUUCCUCCUCCGACAACAACAAAUAAAUCAAGCACCGAAUCAUCGGUAUUAAAUAAAUUAAUUCCAACUGUUGAUACAUCAUCAGCAGCUUCAACCGAUCGUGCUCGUUCUCAAUCUCCAAUGAAUAAUACAACUGUUCCAACAACAACAAAAAAAGAUUCAACUCCUCCACCAUCGUCUAUUAAACCAACAACAACAACAACAACUUCAUCAACUAUUCCUCAAGCAUCAACAAUAUCCAAAGCAGUAACUGAUAUUAAAUCAGCUGUUACUGGUCGCAAAACAUCAUUAAGCGAUCUUGAAAAAGAACUUCAAGAAUUCGAUAUAGACCUCGAUAAAGAUGAUGAUCUUCAAUUUGAUGAUGAUGAUGUCGAUGAAUUUCUCAAAGAUACUUGA